AUGGUGGCGGCUCUGGCGGCCGCGCUGAGCUCUGCUGCAAAUCUUGCUCAGGUGAAGCUCAGCCUGAUUGUGCCCAUGCGCGAUGGGCCGGGUCAGGGUCAGGCAGUUGCCAACCUUGCCUCCACUCGGCACCUGAACGUCUGGGUACGUGGCAGGUCACUGAUCGAGAUCGCACUGGACUUGUCAAUGCGCUUCCGACGGAGAGACUGGCACAUCAGUCAGCUGCUAGAAGACGAUGGCGACAGGCUGUUCAUCAACUUGCGCAGCAUUCCGGUCUUCGAUGGUGCCUCUCCAGUUAUUGAGCCUCAGGAUACAACUCGCAGCCCAACGCGCUUCGUCAGGAAUAUCGUGGAGAUGUUUGCAGACCAGGAGACGUUGUACUCCUGGACUCUCUGGCUCGGCCUGCGCGAUGAUGUCUGCGGUGAGGCCUUCAGUCGAGCCUUGAGGAAAGCGCUGUGGGGUAGAGCUGCCACGUUUGUUUGA